AUGUCAUUGUACGACCAACGGUCUUUAAGCUCUCAAAGGACAUCCAUUAGCCAAAACCACGGUUUUUGGAAUGAACUCUAUAAUGCGACAGUGGGUUCACUCUUUGAGUUAAGUACCGUUGUCACCGCCAGAGCUGGUGCGCUCAGGAAGAACUUUUGGGAUGAUUUUACCAACUACAGAAACUACCUAUACCCGAUUCGAGGGUUUUGCGAGUUCUUGAAGUGGCCGCGGUACUGGGGCUUCGGGUUGAUUGUGGGGUUCUGCUAUGCGCUUCUUUUUAUCAUGCUUACCGCCCUAUACUUUACAUUUCUCUUGCCAAUUCUAUCCGCUUGGCAGGUGGUUCUUUUGGGCCCAAUAGGCAUGGUGAUAAGUAUCAUACAGAUGGUUUUGCAGUGCAACAUGUGGACUGUCAGAGGCGUGAAAUGGUUUGUGCUUCCUGUGAUCAAGGAAGACCUAUUCGACACCUAUCUUCGCAGGAAAGGUUAUGGCAGGCUACUUAACACCCUAAAACAGCGCUCCUUUCCCGUGGUCCCCACUUACCGCAAGAACCACCUAGAGUUUUGGAUCUACCAGAUCCCGCUACAGGUUUUCCUUUUUGUCUGCUCGGUAACUCUGACGAUCUUCAUUAUCGCUUUAUCCAUGGUACCUAUCAUUGGCCCGACGUUUGCGACUAUCCUCUUGAGUCCUAGACGGUCGUUCAACUACUAUAAUACUUGGAUGAACCAGUUACGGAUGACCAGGCAAAUGAAGUGCGACAGCUACUACGAAAAGCUCGGUCAGCAUAUGGCAUUUGGCUUGUCUUGUGGCUUCUUCGAGCUUUUCCCUGUCCUUUCCAUCAUCGGCAUUUGCAGUAAUGUGAUAUCCACCGCUCUAGUUGUCGAAGACGAAAUUGACCAGCGUAGAAUCGCCCUUGAUUCUGCUGAGCUUGCCAGCAUUGCAACGACCAGCACCACUGAAUCGUCCAGUCAAACCAGCCAGACUACCGGUACGUCAUCGACCUCAUCAUCGUGA